GUACGAUAUCUCCGCUCCAGACAGACAGCGCCGGGCACCACAUGCAGCAGCCGCUGCCUCACACGCAACUGCCCUGCUCUGCGCCCGACCCUCAUACUACAGUGAUGUGAGCCGAGCAGUUACGAGGGAAUCGCCCGUAAAGAAGAGCGAAUCUGCCUCCGCUGUGCGGGGUGUGGGCUAAAGGCACCGGCGGUUCUCCCUCUCGGGUUACCACGGGACAGGGAAUGAGAUCUCGACCUCUGCCCAAAUGUUUCACUGGAAUAAGUGGAGGAAAAGGAUGGGAGCCAACACUUCGGCCAAGAGACCGGUUUUCGAUGAAAAGGAAGAUGUGAACCUGGAUCACUUUCAGAUUCUGCGAGCAAUUGGCAAAGGCAGCUUUGGCAAGGUUUGCAUUGUACAGAAGAAGGACACAGAAACAAUGUACGCUAUGAAGUAUAUGAACAAACAGCAGUGUAUUGAGCGAGAUGAAGUACGAAAUGUCUUCAGAGAGUUAGAGAUCUUGCAGGAAAUAGAACAUGUCUUCUUAGUAAAUCUUUGGUAUUCAUUCCAAGAUGAAGAAGAUAUGUUUAUGGUGGUCGACCUGCUCCUGGGCGGGGAUCUGCGAUACCAUCUACAGCAAAAUGUCCAGUUUACAGAAGAGACUGUUAAAAUGUAUAUCUGUGAAAUGGCUUUAGCUUUAGAUUAUCUAAGGAGUCAGCAUAUAAUCCAUAGAGAUGUGAAACCAGACAACAUUCUUCUUGAUGAGCAAGGCCAUACUCAUCUGACAGAUUUUAAUGUGGCGACAAUAAUCAAAGACGGUGAAAGAGCCACAUCCUUAGCUGGGACCAAACCCUAUAUGGCCCCUGAAAUAUUUCAGUCAUUUGUCAACGGUGGAACGGGAUACUCGUUUGAAGUUGACUGGUGGUCUUUAGGAAUAAUGGCAUUCGAAAUGCUCCGAGGAUGGAGACCCUAUGAUAUCCAUUCCAGUAGCCCCGUUGAGACAUUAGUUCAGUUAUUUAGCACACUUACUGUCCAGUAUUCAUCCGUCUGGUCAAAAGAUAUGACUGGUUUAUUACGGAAGUUACUGACAGUCAACCCCGAGAAUCGUUGUUCUUGUCUUCUGGAUAUUCAGAAUUCAACCUUUCUUGCGGACACAGUUUGGGAAGACAUACUUGAAAAAAAAGUGGAGCCAGGUUUUGUUCCCAAUAAAGGCCGGUUACAUUGUGAUCCCACAUUUGAGCUGGAAGAAAUGAUAUUGGAGUCCAGGCCACUGCAUAAAAAGAAGAAAAGACUUGCCAAGAACAAGUCCAGGGAUAACAGUAAAGACAGCUCACAGUCAGAUGACUACCUGCAAGAAUGCCUGGAUGCAUUACAACAGGAAUUUGUCAUUUUUAAUCGAGAGAAACUGAAGAAGAUCCCCAGCUCAUUAUCAGGCCUGGAAUCCACUGAUGAGGCAGAAGCAGAGGUUGAAACCGAAACAGAAGGUGAAACUGAAGCAGAAAACGCUAAUCUCAACAUGUGUGGGUCAGUUUGCUCAUCCACUGCCAGCAGCAACUAGAAACCCAUUCCUCUGGAAGACUCAGGCUUAGGAACUCAUGAAUGUGCUGCUCUCAAGUUGCAUACAUAAGCAUGGAGCCAGGUAUCUCCUUACUUUGUUGAUUAAAAAACUGUUUUUUUUCUGGAUUAUCUUCAAUUUCUAUGGCAAUCUGGAGCCACAUUGAUGAACAGUAACUGAUGUCUUUAAAGAACUUCUUUACUUUCCUUCAAAGAGGCGCAACUCUAUUCGUCUGCAAAGUUCGAUUCACUAAGACAACUCUGUUUUUUACUAACGUAGACAUUCUCACACUUUUUAACCCAUCCAUUUAUUUUACAUGGCUGGUUAUUUGCCUGACUGAUGAGACUAGAAAUACAACUGUGGCAUGGUAUCAUUCUUCUGACAUCAACGUCAACUGAGAAAUCUGAGAACCUCCACUGAGAAAUCUCAGACUUGGUAAACCACAAUCAAUUACCAAAAUUGUAUUGUUUAGCCCAAGAGUAUUUAUAGUGGCAUUUUUGAUAUUGAACUAUAGUACAACUGCUAGGUCGAUGUUUCCAUUCUGAUGAAUGGAAGAUAGGGGGUUCAUGGCUCAGAAAUGAAUGUUCCUGGAAGAGGGUGAUGUUGCAGAUACUGGUAGAAAAGAUCAUUUUAAAAAAAUGUAUUGAUUCAUUCAGGGUGCUGCUUCCUAUAUGCAGAGGGUAAAAAAUCAGCCAGACUGCCCAAUUAAUCUUUUUGACAGCCCCCGGCUGUUGCAGAUAAGUGUAUAAAGAUGAAACUCUACCUUAGGUUGCCUUAUUAAUAUUUCGCCCUACACUGGGAAGGAACCCCAAUUUCAUUCCUAAUACUUCCAUUUUUUAAGGAAUACCCUGUUGGCUAAAGCUCACCCACUGGAUUUUAAAUCAAAGUCAGGGCAGUUGCUGAUCAGAUCCCAAUGACUUCCUGGUUUUACCCUUAUUUGUGUCCAUCAAUGUAGUGCAGGGAGGGUACAAAGUAUCCCAUGAAAACUGGGGUUAGGUUCCCAAGAAAUGGGAAAUUUUAGGAGCAAAACUGGAUUUGAUUCCCAGGAUUCUUGGAGCUUCACAUGACAUAAGAGGGAGAGUGUCUCCUCACUUUUAAUGUGGUCCUGCAUCCUUGUUUUCGGGUCUCAUAAAAACAGAAACUUCAGAAGCAAAACUGGGUUUUCAACCAAGGAUUUCUGCUUUAAGAACAUGGUUCUUAAAGAUCAAAUAAUUACCCACAACAUGGAAAAUCUUGCACCAUAUAAACCAGGUGUCACACCAACUGGCCUUCUACUGAUAUGAUAUCCACUAGCAGGCGCAUCUCCUUCAUACUUCAGUAAAAACAGAGAAGAAACAGAGUUAGCAUGGAGCAAUACCAUUUUAGAACAUAGCGAAAUCACAAGCUGCUUUUAUACAAAUGGGUAUUUUUUUUAACACUAACAAAAGUAAAACCUAUUUUAAUGAAAAAACACAGGGAGAUGACACUCUUUUUUCUGCUGAAACAAGGACAAAUACAUUUCAUGUAGGGUUUUUAAACCUUCUCUUUCCAUCAAAAGAUUAUUUUAAAACGUGAAAGUUUUUUUUUUGUUUUAAUUAGUUAAAUCUUUGGAUUUUGAUGGAAAAUACAAAUGGUUGUGGGAUAAAAAAAAAUGUAUCCUGAUCCUUGAUUUAUAAUAAAUUAGCCCCCAAGUCAGACAAAAGAGCACAUCACACCCUAUUCGGGAUAUAUACACAUAUAGGGGGCUAUUUAUUAAAGGGAUCC